GACAUAUUUUGGGGAAAAGUGCUCACACUAUCAGACGGGAUCACUUGCGUGUGUUUGUAGUCGAAAGGAAGGAGUGUCAACUGUUGCUGCUGCUGUUUCUUUUCCUUUUUUUCAAUUUUGAGGGAAGCUGCGGCGCAUGCAGACGGCCAUGUGGCAGAUGUGAGGAAAACAAAGUUUAGCACAGGGCAGCACAGAGGGGAAAUCAGACCCGUCCACGCGCCAUGACGAAAGAAGGCUCUCGCCAUCCAAGUCCAAAUGAAGAUGGGGCGCCGCGCUGCGUGUCUGGCAGCAAUUAUGGCAGCAAAGACAGCGGGAUUAGGGUGCUAUCCCAUCCAGGAGUCCCAUUAGUGGGAUUGAUGUUGUUGGCCGUCAUCCCGUUUGGAGUGAGCAUCAAGCAAAGUGUCCCUCGAGUCAAACUGAGCCAAAGAGAGCUUCUGCAAGCAGGCAGCGUUUCUCUCUUUUUGGGCCCCUCCGACGGCCUUCUGGCCCACUCCCUGCUGCUGGAUGAGGAGAGGGGUCGUCUUCUGCUGGGAGCUAGAGAUCACAUCUACCUGCUUGACCCUGACAACCUCGCCAAAGGUCCCAGAAAGAUUUACUGGCCUGCACCUCGAGACCGAGUGGAGGCAUGCAAACUGGCAGGCAAAAAUGCAAACGAGUGCGCCAACUUUGUGAGGGUGCUCCACAACUACAACCUGACGCAUAUUUACGCCUGUGGGACAGGAGCCUUUAACCCCAGCUGUGCUUUUAUUGAAAUCUCUGGUUCUAGACAGGAAGGAGUGUUCCAGCUGCUGUCUGCUACAGUGGAGUCUGGCAGAUUAAAAUGUCCUUUUGAUCCAUUGCAGUCAUUUACUUCAGUCCUAACAGACCAGUAUCUAUAUGCGGGCACCGCUUCGGACUUCUUGGGCAAAGACACGACAUUCACACGCUCCCUCGGCCCGCCACCUGACCAGCACUAUAUCCGCACCGACAUCUCCGAGGACUACUGGAUCAAUGAGGCCAAGUUCAUAUCGGCACACCCCAUCGCAGACACCUACAAUCCGGACGACGACAAAAUCUAUUUUUUCUUCCGGGAAGUGUCGUGGGAAGGCAACGACAAGAGCGUCCUGUCACGCGUGGCUCGUGUUUGUAAGAAUGAUGUGGGUGGCCUGAGAAGUCUGACUAACAAAUGGACCACCUUCCUGAAGGCCAGACUUGUGUGCUCCAUACCUGGACCGGAAGGAGUGGAUACGCACUUUGAUGAGCUACAGGACAUUUUUAUGCUUCCUACAAGGGAUCCCAAGAACCCAACUGUGUAUGCGGUCUUCACAACCUCCAGCUCCAUUUUCCGGGGUUCGGCAGUGUGCGUGUACAGCAUGGCUGACAUUAGGGCGGCGUUCAACGGGCCCUACGCCCACAAGGAAGGGCCGGACCACCGCUGGGUCGAGUAUGAGGGGAGGAUACCCUAUCCACGUCCUGGAAUGUGCCCUAGUAAAACCUACGAUCCUCGCAUCAAGACCACCAAAGAUUUCCCUGAUGAAGUGGUGAGCUUCAUCCGCUACCACCCGCUGAUGUUCCGCUCCGUUUACCCGCUGAGCGGCCGACCCAUUUUCACGCGGGUCCGAGUGGACUACACCCUCACCCAGGUGGUGGUGGACCGAGUUUUAGCAGAAGACGGACAGUAUGAGGUCCUAUUCCUUGGGACAGAUGUUGGCACAGUCCUAAAGGUUGUGAGCAUUACCAGAGACCAGUGGUCUACUGAGGAAGUUGUGCUUGAAGAGCUUCAAGUGUUUCAGGUUCCCACUCCAGUACUAAGUCUGGAGAUUUCUUCUAAGCAGCAACAGCUGUACGCGGGUUCCAGCGAGGGUCUGGCGCAGCUCUCGCUCAGCAGAUGUCAUCUGUACGGCCAAGCCUGCGCCGAGUGCUGCCUGGCCCGAGACCCGUAUUGCGCCUGGGACGGUCACACGUGCUCCAGAUAUGUCCCUGCGUCCAAGAGGAGAGCAAGGCGACAAGAUAUCAAGCAUGGAGACCCUGCUAGCCAGUGCUGGGAUACAGAGGACAGUCUCGGCGUGGGACAUGUAGAUGAGCGGAAUCUCUUCGGCGUGCAGAGCAAUUCAACGUUCCUGGAGUGCAUCCCCAAAUCUCAGCAGGCCCAGAUCCGCUGGUUCGUUCGCAGGACUGGAUCCGAACAUAGGGAGCAGGUCAGGCUAGACGACCGCGUUAUACAAACCGACAGAGGCCUACUUAUUAGAUCCCUGCACGCGUCCGAUGUAGGCGUAUACGAGUGCGAAGCCCAGGAGCGCACUCACUUCGCACACACUCUACGCCGGCUCACCCUACAGCUAGUCCCGCACGGACAACUGGAGCGAAAGUCCAAAGCCACCGAGGACCCGACGACUGAGCUACGUCAAGGACGCCGUUACAAAGACUACCUGAGGCUCAUGAGCUCCCCCGUGGGGUCCCUGGAAGAGUACUGCGACUCCCUCUGGCUCGAGAAGAGGCCGUCUAAGGCCCGCGGUCGAGCCUUGGGUGCAGGAAAAUGGAAACACAUGCAGGAAAUGAAGAAGAAUCGGAACAGGCGGCAUCAUGGAGAGAAGGAAAGUGUGACUGACAAACUGUAGGGGAGCUAAACGAGAGAAGACUGUAAAAACAGUCGAGACCCAAAAAUGGAAAGGUUCACAGUUGAGAAAAUAUUUAGCCAUUUUUGCGGACUCUAUAUUUUUUUACUCUGGUGUAAAAGGUUCCACAAAUACAAAACGUAUCAGUUCAGAUGGAUUUUUUCACGAAUUGAUUGUAUUUAUUCAAAUGUUGAGAUUCCCCAAAUAGGUACGGACAUUGCUGCAUGCCUUGAAGAAGUAGCAUCACAUGGUGGACAGCAGUACAUGCUGAAAAUUAUGACAUUUUCUCACAUUUAGUGCCGCAUCAGUGUUUAAAAUGUGGUUUGAAAAUUUUAGUCACAUUUUUUGCACGUUUACAUUAUUUAGCAAUUUAAAUAUUUAUUUAUAAAUGACAAUUAUUAGACUCAAAUGAUUAAAUCUAGAACUAACUUAAAUCUUUAAUCUAAAUCUUAAAUGUAAAUCUUACAUAUAUAUCUAAAAUCUAAAUGUUAAACAUAUUUCCUUAAUCUAAAUGUUAAAUCUAAAUCCUAAAUCUAAAUGUUAAUUAAAAAUCCUUAAUCUAAAUGUUAACUCUAAAUCUUAAAUAUAAAUCUUAAAUAUAAGUAAAUCUUAAAUCUAAAUGUUAAAUCUAAAUCUUAAAUGUAUAUUUUUAAUAUAUAUCUUAAAUCUAAAUCUUAACUAUAUAUCCUAAAUGUAAAUCUUAAAUAUAAAUCUCAAGUUGAAAUCGUAAAUGUAAAUUUUAAAUCUAAAUCCUAAAUCUUGAAACGGGUGAAACUAAAUAUUUAUGUAAUAAGUAAAUUCAUAUGACUGGUGACAGGGAGUAAAAAAAUAAAUAUUUAGUUUCACCCGUUUUAAGAUUUAGAUUUAAGAUAUACAUUUAACAUAUAUAUUUAAGGUUUACGUUUAAAUAUAAGAUUUAAAUUUAAGAUUUAUAUUUAGGAUUCAUAUUUAAGAUUCAGGAUUUAGAUUUAACAUUUACAUUAAGGAUUUCAAUUUAAGAUUUAGAUUUAAGAUUUAAGAAUUAGAUUUAAGAUUUAGAUUCAAGAUUUAGAUUCAAGAUUUAGAUUUAAGAUUUAGAUUAAAAGUGCAAAAAAAAGUGACUCUAACAUUUUCACACAUUUUAAACACUGUGCUGCGUUAAAUGUGAGAAAAUGUCGUCAUAAUUUUCAGCAUGUGCUGCUUUACAAACUGUGCCUCAUAUUCGUCAGUCAAUUCCAUUGCUGCGAAACCAGAAUGUGUGCUUUAGUUGGAAAAGUUGUUUCAGUAGCAAAUCAGCAUUGUAGAGAACACUAAAACUUUAUUGCAUUCUUUCAAUGGACAACCUCAAGAGCUGCUGAUGGAGGUCUUCAGUUAACCUAGUUCAGUGUUUUUCAACCGGUGUGCAAUGGCACACUUUUGUCCUGUGAGAGGUCGUCAGGUGUGUUGUGAGAAAUUAUCAAAUAUCGUUGUUUUUUUUUUUUACAUUGUCAGGCAGAGUUGCAGUUGGAAUGAAGGAGUAGGUAGAAGGUUGCGGUUGUGUUUAAGAACUGCUCAGAUUUCUAGCCAUCAACCACCUCGCUGUUCAUGACAAUGUGGACCCUAGCAUGUCUACUGUCAGGCAUGAAAAUGGGUCAGGGGUUAAAAAGGUGAGAGGCGAUUUUUUUACUAAUUUAGCAAUGAAAUUUUUGAUGACGCUUAUUAAUUCACAAAAACAUUUUAUAACAACAAUAAAUCACAAAUAAACAAUGAGGUCAAAUGCUGAUAGCAUUAACUAGUGCAAAAGAAUGAAAUGAAAACAGAUUCACAACACUGACUUUGCCUUUCCAACAUGAUUCAAAACAAUUCUUAAAAAAAAAUUCUAUGAUAUCUUUUAAGUUUUUAAACAAAAUAGCAACUUUUUUUUUAUUUACUGCAAGUUUUCAACAGCUAAUAAAUCACUCAAUUUAAUACCAGAAACAUAAUACUUGAGGAAAACAUUCAGAAUCGAUUAUAAAUAAUAUGUAAAAAAGAUUAUUAAUAAAUUGUUUAUACAAUCACAACUUAUAGAAUAGAAUAGCCCGUUACAAUCAUGAUACACUAUAUACUGUUAGCGAAUGAGGCUAGCGGCCACCUAGCGUAAACAGAGCUUUUCUGGCGAAAAUUCUUGUGAAUAAAUGCUUCAAUCCCUGAAUUCGUCAUAGAUAUGGACGUAAAACAGUCUCGAUUCUUGGUUAAAAGCAAAGAAACCAUGCGGUUAACGUUUAUUUUACGUAUAUUGUCGAAGUACAAUGCUACUCUGUUAGCGAAUGAGGCUAGCGGCUGCCUGGUGUAAGCAGAUCUUUUCUGGUGAAAAUUCUUGUGAAUAAAUGCUUCAAUCCCUGAAUUCGUCAUAGAUAUGGACAUAAAACAGUCUUGAAUCUUGGUUAAAUGCAAAGAAACAGUGCGGUUAGCGUUUAUUUUACGUAUAUUGACAAAGUACAAUGCUACUAUGUUAGCGAAUGAGUCUAGCGGCCGCCUGGCGUAAACAAAGCUUUUGUGGCAAAAAAUUAUUGUGAAUAAAUGCUUAAAUCCCCUAAUUUUGUAUAGAUAUGGACGUAAAACAGUAUAGAGUCUUGGUUAAAAGCAAAGAAACUGCAGGUAGCGUUUAUUUUACGUAUAUUGUCAAAGUACAAUGCUACUCUGUUCGUGAAUGAGGCUAGCGGCCGCCUGGCGUAAACAGAUCUUUUCUGGCGAAAAUUCUUGUGAAUAAAUGCUUCAAUCCCUGAAUUCGUCAUAGAUAUGGACAUAAAACAGUCUCGAUUCUUGGUUAAAAGCAAAGAAACUGUGCAGUUAGCGUUUAUUAUACGUAUAUUAUCGAAGGACAAUGCUACUCUGUUAGCGAAUGAGGCUAGCGGCAGCCUGGCGUAAACAGAGCUUUUCUGGCGAAAAGUCUUUGUGCUUUUGUUGCCUCGUUUGCUUGCUGUUAGCCACAUAUUAUUCAGAAUGGACUUGGGUGCAGGCUCGUCUUCUGGCUCCCAAUAUAAAAAACUUUCCAAAGAUGUUUGUUUUUCAGUUAUCUUUGCCAACGUGUGGGUUUAUUAUAUCCAGGAACUAAUCUAAACUAAUCACCUACGUCAUUAUCGAAGACAAGCGCACAUAGAUAUUAAACAAUAGAUGCUAGCUGCUAGCUCCAAUGGAUUUUAAUGAUGACUUCCUAUCCAGUUUUAUUACUAUAAAAAUUGACUACCGUAAUUUUCAGACUAUAAGGCGCACCUGACUGUAAGCCGCCACGCACAAAAUUUGACAAGAAAACAGCAUUUGUUCAUAGAUAAGCCACACUGGACUAUAAGCCACAGCUGUCCUCAGUGUAAAAUGGGAUAUUCACAACAACAGAUAUUAACCGGUAACGCUUUAUUUGACGGUGGCGUUAUAUGACUGUCAUAAGACCAAAUCAACCACCAUGAAGCUUUGAACUAAUUGGCUGCAAAGCUUUAUUGUUUGAAGAAGCUUCAAAUGGCCAUCCCUGUUCCCUUGGAGGAGACAGUCAACCUCUUCUGCCACCUGCUGUCAACACUGUUAUUGUCCAACAUGCCUCCUAGCAUGCAUUGCAGCACUCCAGAUGUAAAUAAAUCAAAAAUUCAUGGUCUGUGCUAAUUAUUUAUUAAGUUUGUGUUUGAGUUGUUUCAUUAAUUGCUAGUUAUGGUAUUUGGUAACACUGUAUUUGACAGUGGUGCCAUAAGACUGUCACUAGACAAUCAUAAAUAUGUCAUGACACUGUCAUGAGGAUAGGCGUUACGCAAAGAAUGACGAAGUCACACGUCAAUAGUAAUGAAGUCUAUUGGAGUACUAACAAAUAACACGCUGGUGCUGCGCGUCAUGUACUCUUAAAGAUUUUGUUUCCAACCGCUGGUCGCCCUACCCAAGAUGGCCGCCAGCUAUGCACGCCACCGUAAAUAAUGCAGUGCUUGUCGCUCUUCCCUAGACAAUAAUCAUAUUCUUCUGUGUAGUUCAAUAAUUUUAUCACUUGUAUAUGUCCAAUUAAUUUGAAGUGGAAGUCUGAUAUCGGAAUCUGCAUUGGACAUCAGGAAAAAAAUGGUAUUGGUGCAACACUAAUAAUGAUCCAAAUUUGAAAAAUUAAUUAUAUAAUAUUUCUCAGUUUGUAUUGGUUUUAUGCAUGAGCAGAGGUGGGUAGCAUAGCCAAAAAUUUUACUUAAGUAAGAAUAGCGUUACUUUAAAAUAAUAUUACCCAACUAAAAGCAGUCAUCCCAAAAAUGUACUCAAGUAAAAGUAAAAAAGUAUUCUGUGAAAAGUAUACUCAUUGUAAGCAGUUACUCAUUACUUGUCCUUUUUUUUUUUUUUUAAUUAAACAAUGGUAUAUUUUUUCCUUAGCACAAUGUCAUCUAUAUGCACUGUUAUUAUUAAACGGUACUAUAAUCUAUUAUAUGACCUUUUUAAGGCCAAAAAACCCACAAAAAUCAUCUAUUUUCAACUGUAAAUAUCUACAGAAAUGAAACAUCACAUUAAAUUGAUUUAAAACGAUCCCAACUCCAGUUUUCUAAUGUCUAUCAGUGCCAAAUACAAACUGGGAAAGAGGUUGAAGUUUGAGUAAGGUUGACGGCAGCGCUAUAGCUGAAAUAGUUUAUAUUUUACAGCACUUUAAAGACAACACGUGAUUGAACAUGCCAGCAUGAUCAUAGGACUUUUGACUGCAUGUGACUGAGUAAUGAGGGGCACUAGACCAAUUAACAGGUCGGCAAGUCACCAUCGUAAUAAUAUAUAUCAGCACUGUCAUAGAAUAAUUCCCUUGGUCAUUUUUUGCCCGAAUUUUCAAAAUUGUUCGUAAAUAAAAAAGAAUAAUUUAAAAAAAAAUCAAUUGGUUCAUUUUUUGUUUCCUGUAAAAGCUGAAAAGACAAGCAGUGCUUUAAAGACAUACUAUGAUUAAUCACACCGGCGUGAUCAUAGGACUUCCAACUGCGAGCUUGUGUGUGAUUAUGUGACUGAGUAAUGAGGGGCUUUAGACUAUUUAACAGGUUGACAAGUCAACAUCGUAAUAAUAUACAUCAACACUCUAAGAGAACAACUGCCUAGGUAAUUUUUUACCUGAAUUUUCAAAAUUGUUUGUAAAUUUUAAAAAAAUCAUCAAAUAAAUCAUCAAAUGGUUGAUUUUUUUACUUCCUGUAAAAGCUGAAAAGACAAACGAUGCUUUAUAGACGUACUGUGAUUAAUCACACCGGUGUGAUCAUAGGACUUCCAACUGCAAACUUGUGUGUGGUCACGUGACUGCGUAAUGAGGGACACUGGACCAAUUGACAGGUCGACAAGUCAACAUCAUAAUAAUAUAUAUCAACAGUCUCAUAGAAAAAUUGACUUGGUAUUUUUUUUUUACCAGAUUUUUUAAAAUUGUCCGUAAAUUAAAAAAACAAAAAAUCCCCCAAAAAUUAUCAAAUGGUUAAAAUUUUGCUUCCUGUAAAAGCUGAAAAGACAAACGGUGCUUUAAAGACAUACCAUGAUUAAUCACACCGGUGUGAUAAUAGGACUUCCAACUGCAAGCUUGUUUGUGGUCAUGUGACUGUAUUGUUACAUCUGAUUGGUAUAAAGGAGUCAUGUGGUUAUUUUUGCGCCACUCCGCUGGUGAAGCCACUGUUGGCAUCUCUGGCAAAAAUUUAAUUGUAAAAUCUAAUAUGUAGAAUGAAGAGGUAAAAUAACCACAAUAGCUUAGCCCAAAGUAGCGGAAUAAGAAUCGCGUUUCUUCUUCACAAAUCUAAUCAAGUAAAAGUAAAGCACUCAAGUAUAUGUAAUGGAGUAAACGUUUUAAACAUAAACAUUACUACCCACCUCUGUAUAUGAUUUGCAUGUUUUUAAAUGAAACUCCUGAAAUAAAUGGCAUUUUAAACAAUAUUCAAAUUCACUGAGAUGUACCUGUACACACAUGUAGUCAAAUUAAUGCUUUCUCAAUAGACACGUAGGCUCUGAUGUCAACCAAUAUUAUAUUUUUGUACUGUCACGUUUUGUUUUUGUUGAAACUAUUUAAAUAAAUGUCUUGCGUGUGUAAAAUGUGAAGGUCCUUGUCAUUUGUAAAUAAAUGGACGAGGUGUGCGCUUUCUAUAGCAUGGCGGCUUGAGAAUUGGUGCGUUGGACUUUUUUCCAGGUGUCCCGAUAUAGCAAAGCAGGUCCCCGGAUA